AUGACGGGGAAAUCGGGGGAAGCGCUGAACAAGCCCAAAUGCGAGACGGUGGCCAAGAGCUCCCCGGGGAGCGCCCCGGCCCGGUGCACGGGCUUCGGCAUCCAGGAGAUCCUGGGCCUGAACAAGGAGCCCCCCAGCUCCCACCCGCGCGCCGCCCUCGACGGCCUGGCCUCGGGGCACCUGCUGGCGGCGCGCUCCGUGCUCAGCCCCGCGGGGGUGGGCGGCAUGGGGCUGCUAGGUCCCGGGGGGCUCCCCGGCUUCUACGCGCAGCCCACCUUCCUGGAGGUGCUGUCCGACCCGCAGAGCGUCCACCUGCAGCCGCUGGGCAGGGCGUCGGGGCCUCUGGACGCCAGCCAGACGGCCAGCUCGGACUCUGAGGAUGUGUCCUCCAGCGACCGCAAGCUGUCCAAGGCGGCCCUGGCGCAGACCAAGAAGCGCAAGAAGCGGCGGCACAGGACGAUCUUCACCUCCUACCAGCUAGAGGAGCUGGAGAAGGCGUUCAACGAGGCCCACUACCCAGACGUCUAUGCCCGGGAGAUGCUGGCCAUGAAGACGGAGCUGCCGGAAGACAGGAUACAGGUCUGGUUCCAGAACCGAAGAGCCAAGUGGAGGAAGCGGGAGAAGUGCUGGGGCCGGAGCAGCGUCAUGGCGGAGUACGGGCUGUACGGGGCCAUGGUGCGGCACUCCAUCCCCCUGCCCGAGUCCAUCCUCAAGUCCGCCAAGGACGGCAUCAUGGACUCCUGCGCCCCGUGGCUGCUCGGGAUGCACAAAAAGUCGCUGGAGGCGGCGGCCGAGUCGGGGAGGAAGCCCGAGGUGGAGCGCCAGGCCCUGCCCAAGCUGGAUCAGAUGGAGCCGGAGGAGGUGGGCCCCGGCGGCCCCGCGGCCCUGUCCCAGGAGGAACUGAGGGAGAACAGCAUCGCGGCGCUCCGGGCCAGGGCGCAGGAGCACAGCACCAAGGUGCUGGGGACUGUGUCCGGGCCCCGCAGCCUGGCCCGGGACGCCGAGGAGCCCGAGGAGGAGGCGGCCGCGGACGAGGACAGGCCGGGGGAGACGCCGAGUCCCCGGCAGCUGGAGGACGUGGCUUAG